AUGAAACUUCGUUUGGGCUUACUGACAGAGGACCUUGCAGAUCGUUUUGGAAUAUCACCAUCAACAUGUUCCACAGUAUUUGUAACUUGGAUUAGAAUUAUAAGUAGAGUUUUGGGUGAUGCACUUGUUGUCUGGCUGCCAAGAGAAGCCAUUCGUGAUAACUUGCCUAAAUCAUUUGCCAAAGCAGGUUAUUCCAAAUGUCGGGUUAUAAUUGAUUGUGCUGAGGUGUUCAUUGACAGACCAAAAUCCUUAACAAAUCAAGCAUCUACUUGGUCAGACUAUAAACAUCACAAUACUUUAAAAUUUCUUGUUGGUAUAAGCCCUUCUGGAUAUAUAACUUUUUUAUCUGAUUGUUAUGGUGGGCGCGCGUCUGAUAAAUUUAUUACAAAUGACUCUGGAUUUUACGAUUUGUUAGAAAGGGAUGAUGAAGUUAUGGCAGAUCGUGGAUUUCAAAUCAGAGAAGAAUUAAUGUUACGUUUUUGCAAAUUAGUUGUUCCACCAGGUGCACGUGUAAAAAGUCAGAUGACAAGUGCUGAAUGUAAAAAAACUAAAGAUGUAGCAAAUUUAAGGAUUCAUGUUGAGCGAGCAAUUAACAGAAUUAAGUUUUACCGCAUACUCAAGGGAGUGUUGCCUGUUACAAUGUUACAACAUGCAGAUCAUAUAGUUAAAUGCUGUGCUGCAUUAUGUAACCUAAAGCCUGUAUUAAUUAAAAAGAAACCAGAAAAAACUACUUGA